AGCGCGGGGGCCUGGGGGCGCGGACGGAGCCGAGGGGAGCUCAGCGCGGGGCUCCUGGGCCCCGAGUGCAGAAGCAGGGCAGCUCCUGACAGCUGUGCUGCUGUUGGCAGGUGUCAGUGGUGGUGGAUGGCUCAGGCCUCCGCAUCGCUGCAGGAUUUAAUCCGGGAGGAUUUCCUGACCUGUAAGAUCUGCUACGAGCUGUACACGGUGCCGAAGAUCCUGCCGUGCCUCCAUAGCUACUGCCAGCGAUGCCUGGAGCCGCUGCUGAAGGAUGGAGCCCUGCACUGCCCCGAGUGCCGGCUGAAGGCGGACGCCCCUGGCGGGGCCCCCACUACGAAAACCAACUUCUUCAUCAACAGCCUUCUGGAGCUAUUCCAACUCAAGCACAAGCGCGACCUGGCCUGCACCGUCUGCUCUGACGCCCAGAGGACCCAGCCUGCCACUGCCCGCUGCCUGGACUGCAAAGACUUCUUGUGCCAGACCUGCACGCAGGGCCACUGCUGCUCCCGCCUCACCCUGCACCACAAGGUGGUGAAGCUGGAGCAGUUCUUGGCUGGGGAGCACGAUGCCGAGAUGAGGCUUCUGCAGGAGCUGUGCUGCCAGGACCACCAGCAGGAAGCGCUGCGGUUCUUCUGCGACACCUGCGGCGCUCCCAUCUGCAGGGACUGCCGCAUGCUGGACCACUUUGAGCACAAGGUGGUGUCCAUGGCCAGCGCCGUGCAGCGGGAGCGGCCUUCUGUGGAGCAGCUGAUCGAGAGCCUGGGGGGAACCAUUGUUGGCAUCUCUGAGCGGGAGAAGACUGUGGGGGUGGCGAUGGACACGCUGGAAGCUGCAGGUGAGAACAUCAAGGAGACGAUCACCAAGUAUGUGGAAGACCUCAGUGCCUACCUCCACGCCCAGAAGGAUGCUGCGCUGGGCGAGCUGUCAGCUUUCCUGACCCAGCAGAUGGAGAGGUAUCAGCAGGUGAAGGAGGAGCUGCAGAACCAGAGAGACAAAGCCAUCAGCACGAGGGAGUUCUCCCAGAGGAUCCUGGAUGUGGGGAAGGACUACGAGAUCCUCCAUUUGGAGGGCAUGAUAAGGAACAGGAUCCAGGAGCUCCAGGCAUACACCCCGCGGGAGCUAAAGAGCCAAGUCCCUAAACUGACCAUUUCCUGGGACGAGCCUACACAGCUCUCAAAAGCAGCGCUCUUCAGCCUGGCUUUUCCCAGGCAGCAGCCGGAAGGAGACGUGGACACUUUUGAGGCUGGCAGCGAGAGGUCUGUGUCACUCAGGGAGGGGUUUGAUGAGUCAUCCCUUGACUCGGAGGAGGACUAUUGUCUGAGCUCUGACGAGAGGUUGCUUUCCACCCCUGAGGCGAGCCUUUCCCCAUGCAGAUGGCGUGGGCUGCAGCCUGUGUGUGUCUGUACCUUUGAGGUAGAACAAUACCCCUCUUAUUCAAAGCCCAGCAUCUCGGGGAUUGCAGUCCUGCCGCACAAGGACGGCUAUCUCCUCCUGGACCAGGCGAACGAAGAGAUAAGGCAGUACAGCAUUAAAGGGUUUCUCCAGAAGUCGAUACCUCUGCCGGAUCAUGACAGGGGCUUCUGCGGUAUUUCAGUCUGUGGAGACACCUUGGCCUGCUCCUCAGACACGUACCUCUUCUUCUUGACACUGGAUGGCAAGUUCCUGCGCAAGCUGCGGCUAAGGGGAAGUGAGUCCUCCUAUGCUCUCACAUCCUACAAGGACUCCUAUGUUGCUGUCAGCGAGGGGACGCUCUGCUCCAUCUCCCUGUACAGCCCCUCCGGGCACUGCGUGGGCAGAGUGAAACCUCCGGAUUACGAGGAUGGGAAGUUCUUGUUUGUUGCUGUCAAUGCCUGGGAGGAAUUCAUCGUCUCAGACUUUGUCAAGAAGCAGGUUCUCAUCCUCAAGAAGUCAGGGCAGAUCCUCAAUGUGCUGAAGGCACCGCACUCACCACUUUCGAAGCCAUUCAGUGUCUGUGUGGACGCCCUCGGCAAUAUUUUUGUGGUUGAUCAGUUCCAGGUGAUUCAAUUCUCAAGAGACGGCAGGAGAGGGGAGGAAAUACUGAGCAGCCAGAGGCAACGGAAGAGGCCCCGGGUCAUCACCGUGGAUCUGGAUGGGUGCCUCGUCCUGGUGCGGGAAGACUGCCACGUCCACGUUUUUUGGCCUUAGCAUUGUCCAUGGAGCCUGAAUUGAGUGUCCAAAUCUGGUUCUGCAGUCCCAGGUCUGAGCCCUUUUGUUCAUAGCAUGAGCAUGGUCAUCUCCAGGUGCAUUAUGGAGCCUUGGCCUGGACAGCAAGGAACAGCAGAGCAGGGGGUCCGGUCUGGAAUCUCUGCUUCAAGGGCUCUGAAAAUGCUGGGGCAGUGGGGGAAUCAUUCACUACCUGAAACAAGGUCCAUGCUACUGAUGCUUGUCUCCUCCCCUGACACCAGGGAUUACAGGGAUGCUGCAGUGUGGCAGAGCCAGCUCCACCUGACCUGCAGAUUGUGCUACAGAAAGCAGCUGAGAGACGCCUUGGCUUGCCCUGUGUUUGGAAGUUGGCUCUGGGGGAGGUCUUUGAACUGUUUCACUGUAACACGACAGCCUGGCACCAUUCAGAGCCAGAAGCCAGCAGGAAGUGUCAGAUUCUGACUUGCUGCCCUGGGGCAUAGCUCAGAUGAAGGGCUGCUUCAUCUCCACAUACCCUUUCUUCCCCCAGGUCUCACUGAGAAUCAGCCCAUCAUCUCAGCCCCUUCAGCUUCAGCCUCUCCUCUCUGCAGGGGUCAGCAUCCUCGUUGUCUUGAGCAGGUUGACCAGAAAUGACAAAUCUAGUGCCUGCCAGGAAGGGAGGGAUCCAGGUCUGAGGAGAGUGGUUAUGCUGCCUGGACAAGGGACUGCAUCCAGAGAGCCCGAACCCAAAGCUCCCAGCCUUGCCAGCGGCAAUGACUGAAGGGGUACUCACCAGGGAGGCAGCAGUGGUAGUUUCUGUCCGCAGGUGUAGAGGGUGAUGGUUUCCAACAUUCCUCUCCUGAUGAUCCUGCCAGACCCUGGCAGCGCAGCCGGUGCUUGGGGGAGAGCAGGGUGGCAGGGGGUCUUGGCGUACGUGUACAUUUGGGGCCACAGACUGCACAGUUGUUACUACAUUCCAGCAUCGCCUGUCACUACUGUGCAGGCAGGCACAGCAGCCAGAAGUGAACAUGCGGUGCGCAUGGCUAAGUGUGAGCCACCUUCCAGGAUGUCUUUGCGCUUUGCUUGAAUGAAGCCCAUGGCAGGUCCUCUGAAGGAGCCUGGCAGUGGGCAAGAGAACAAAGGAGCUCAGAGCUCUUCCUGGAGUCAGGGACAGAGAUGAGGCCAGUCACUGGCAGCUUUAUUGCUACCGGCGUGCUUGUGCUUGGAGGCAGUGGCAGGGGCACUGUCUGGGAGCUG